CCACGUAGAUUGGUUGUUGGGUUGGAGAAUUCGCUGCGAUGGCGUCAACGGCUGAGUACUGGACUCGGAUAUGACUCGUUUUUAUUCAGUCGAGUUUUAUUUGCUGCUCAGCAACUGCACGGGAUUCGGGUGAAUCUUCGGCACCUGACUUUUCAUCGCCUUUUUGAAAGAUUUUCAUGCAUUACUUUUGAGAGUUACAAAAAAAGGAUCACAAGGACUGUUCAUCGUCCAUCACCGAUUGCCUCUGACUGGUCCAGGUCGGAGUUCCUCAUUGGGUGACCCGCUCUCCUUCACAGGGGCCAUGGAGGAGGAGGGGCAGAAUAGCUUGGAGUGUAUCCAGGCCAAUCAGAUAUUCCCCAAGAAGUCCCCCGUCCUGGAGGAAGAAAACAUGCAGGUGCCCUUUCCUGAGUUGCAUGGGGAGUUCACGGAGUAUGUGGGGAGAGCAGAGGAUGCCAUCAUCGCCAUGUCCAACUACCGCCUUCACAUCAAGUUCAAAGAGUCUGUUGUCAAUGUCCCUCUUCAGCUUAUAGAGAGUGUGGAGUGUCGGGAUAUGUUUCAGCUCCAUGUCACCUGUAAGGACUGCAAAGUGGUGAGGUGUCAGUUCUCCACAUUUGAACAGUGUCAGGAAUGGCUAAAACGCCUGAAUGUCGUAGUACGUCCUCCCUCUCGCCUGGAGGACCUCUUCUCCUUUGCCUUUCAUGCCUGGUGCAUGGAUGUGUAUGCUGGUGAGAAGGAGCAGCACGGCGAACUGUGCAGGCCAGGUAAACUACUUGUCUUUCCCCAUGUUACCCCAGCAGAUCCUUAUCACUGCUCUCUUCUCAUCUUAUCAAACAUCUCUGCUCUCUCUGUAGGUGAACAUGUGACCUCCUGGUUCAAGAACGAGGUGGAGAGGAUGGGCUUUGACACUCAAAACGCCUGGAGAAUAUCUGACAUUAACAGCAAGUUCAGACUAUGCCCCAGCUAUCCUCAGCAGCUCCUGGUGCCAGCUUGGAUCACAGACAAGGAGUUGGAAAAUGUGGCGGCCUUCCGCUCCUGGAAGAGGUUUCCUGCUGUGGUUUAUAGGCACCUCAGCACAGGUGCUGUGAUCGCACGCUGUGGUCAGCCCGAGGUUAGCUGGUGGGGCUGGAGGAACGCAGAUGACGAACAUCUGGUCCAGUCCAUUGCCAAGUCCUGUGCUAUGGACAGCAACUCCCGCAAACACAUCCCCAACGGCACUUACACCAACGGCUCAGACCUGCCUGACACCGACUUUGAAUCUUCCAUGACCAACAGCUCAGAGGUGGAGACGCUGGUCAUCCAGGCCCACAAGUUACUUAUCCUGGAUGCCAGGUCCUAUGCUGCUGCUGUAGCGAACAGGGCCAAGGGGGGAGGCUGUGAAUGCCCAGAAUACUAUCCCAACUGUGAGGUGGUGUUUAUGGGCAUGGCCAACAUCCACUCUAUCCGCAAGAGUUUCCAGUCUCUACGUUUCCUCUGCACCCAGAUGCCUGAUCCAGCCAACUGGCUUUCUGCACUGGAGGGCACCAAGUGGCUGCAGCAUCUGUCCCUGCUGCUGAAAGCAGCGCUACUUGCUGUCAACGCCGUUGAUCGAGACCAAAGGCCUGUCCUGGUGCACUGCUCCGAUGGCUGGGACCGCACACCUCAGAUCGUUGCUUUGUCCAAAUUGCUACUGGACCCUUAUUAUCGCACCAUUGAGGGUUUCCAGGUUUUGGUGGAGACUGAAUGGUUGGACUUUGGCCAUAAGUUUGCAGACCGCUGUGGCCAUGGAGAAAACUCAGAGGAUCUGAAUGAGCGCUGCCCUGUCUUCCUGCAGUGGCUGGACUGUGUGCAUCAGCUACAGAGGCAGUUUCCAUGCUCCUUUGAGUUUAAUGAGGCCUUUCUGGUGAAGCUGGUACAGCACACCUACUCCUGCCUGUUUGGCACAUUCCUGUGCAACAGCGGCAAGGAGAGGGAGGAUCGUCAUGUUCAGGAGAGGACCUGCUCCGUCUGGUCACUGCUGAGACCGGCCAACCGCACACUGAGGAACAUGCUUUACAGCUCACACUCUGAGACCGUUCUCCACCCAGUGUGCCAUGUGCGCAACCUGAUGCUGUGGACGGCAGUCUAUCUGCCAAGCUCCUCCCCCACCACCCCCUCAGAUGACUCUUGCGCCCCCUAUCCCGUACCUGGUACCAACCCGGAGGAUGCACCACUGGGCAGAUGUACUAAGACUCGCUCCUUUGACAACUUACCCAGUGCAUGUGAGCUAGGAAGCAACCUUGCUCCUAACCGCCGCUCUAGUGACCCGAACCUCAAUGAGAAGUGGCAGGACCACCGGUGCUCUCUCGAGCUCAAUAUGACAGCAGGGCCUGAGGGAGGGGGCAAUCAGGACCAGGAGGUGCUGUCUAAUGCAAUGGAGCCAUACCCAGAUGAUGCGGACUCAGAGCUGGAAGACAGCUCACACCUGCGGGCCUCAAGUGCUGACCUUGAACAGGGAGUCUUCGAGAGGCCUGCAGCCACAGGAGAGGAAGUGGAGGAGGCUGAGCUCUCUGUGGCAGUGGGUGUGGCCGAAGGCCAAAUGGAGAACAUUCUCCAAGAAGCCACAAAGGAGGAGGUAGGAGCAGAUCAGAAAGAGGGAAGCACUGCUGUUGCUCAAGUUAUAAACACUGUUGACACAGAGUCAGAGAGAGUAGCAAACGUUGGAGAUGAAGAUGAGUGUGCUAAAGUAAAUGGGACUGAGAUCCUGACAGAAGCCUCUGCUAAUGGUCACCAUCACAAAAAUGGCAUGAUAGAGGCUCAGGAGGAUGGUGAGUCUCCUCUGUCCACAGAAGAGGCAGAUGAGCAGGAUCAACAGGUACCUGAGGUGACUCAGGCAUCAGAGGAAGUUGUAACGCAGGAUGUUGAGGAAUCUUGUGUAAAAGAGGAGGUUGCACAUGAACUCAGUGAGUCUGGCUCAAGUGAGCCUGAGCAGCCUGCAGCUCACAGAACUUUAAAUAAUGGCUUUAUGGAUAGCUCACCUGAAGAGCCAAGUGAGGAUGAGGAGACAUGUCCUGACUGUGAAUCUGACCACGAUGUAUCUGCUCCAGUGGAGCUGGUGGAUAAGAGAGCCUCGCUGUUGGAGAGUUCAACAGAAACUUUAACUGAAGAGGCCUGUGGCAGGUUGGAACCCCCCACACAGCCGCCCGUUUGUCUCAUCAGACAGCCGUGUGCUGACAGCAUGAGCCAGCCGCCCUGUUCCAGGAAAGAGAAAGGGUUUGAGGCAGGCGAGCACAGCUUAAUCAGAACUUUAAACGGGGGCACGAAGCAACCCUCAGUCAGUGCCUCUCAGUCAGUGAGUGCUGAUCUAAGCAGGGACGGCGACAGCUCUGACGGCGAGCCUUGCGCGGGUCCUCACUGGGCCAAAGUGAACGGGGAGCGGGCCCCUCUGAGUCGACAGAUGUCUCUGGUAAGCUGUAACUCCCUGAUCCUUCAUCAACGGGGCAGUUGCUCCCAGCAUCGCUGUUGCCACGCCUUGGUUGGCCGAGCCGUCAUCAGCCCGGAGCAGCCGUCACGCAGUCACCUAGAUGAUGACGGGCUGACACUGCACACUGAUGCCAUCCAGCAGAGGCUGAGGCAGAUCGAGGCGGGUCACCAGAUGGAGGUGGAGACUCUGAAGAAGCAGGUACAGGAGCUGUGGAGCCGCUUGGAGAAUCAGCAUCACACAGGCUCCCACAGGAUCAACGGAGACAUUGGAGAUGAAGUGACCUCAAUGAUAGACUCUGAGUGCAACCUGGACCCCAACUGUUUGUCACGUUGCAGCACAGAGAUGUUCUCUGAGGCCAGCUGGGAGCAGGUGGACAAGCAGGACACUGAGGUCACUCGCUGGUACCCUGACCAUUUGGCAGCUCAGUGUUAUGGCUGUGAGAGCCGGUUCUGGCUCGCCACAAGAAGGCAUCACUGCAGUGGCAGAGAGACUGUCCAGGAGCUGUGGCUGAGCAUUGCCGAGUGUAAGAGCACCUCUGCUAACCCAACGUUAAGUGAAACUUCACAGGAAACUAUAAUUGUAAACAGGAGCCGUGUAUAAAGUAGAGGUCUUCAUGGGUCCAAACAUCAAAUCAAUAGGUUUCAUAAAAGAGAGACACAUGAGAAUGCAAACAUUGAGAGCACCGUGAUGCAUCAUCAUUUAAUUCAUUCAUUAAGUAACAAGUGAGAAUAGUGCAUUUGUUACAUAUUAACAGUGAAAAUGUCCCAAGAAAAUGGAAUCAUUUGCUGUACAUGUGUAAAGCCAAGUUAAAAGUCCAAUAAUAAAACAUUUUGGGCAGUGAUAAUAAGACUGAUUUGAAGGCUUGAUCUUUUUUUGAUGUCUUCAAAUCAAAUAAACAGUAAUAUAUAACAUUUAAAUAUAAACAAAUUCAAGAUUCAAACCAUCAUCAGAUGUGUUCACAUAAUGCUGAUUAAGACUUGUCGACUCUGUGUUUCGCCCGCUGACAUUCCCACGUUGCACACAGGAAGUGAUUUGUUUUAUGCCAAGAGAGACGGUCUUUUGACAAAAAGACAGUCUGAUCAGAGUUGAUAACAGUGUUUGGCUGCAGACACUGAGAGCUGAGUCCGGCCGCAGUAAAACAGGACUCAGAAUCUGGACCCAGCAUCAGUGUGUCUGAACUGUGGAACUGUGAAGACCUCUAGUGCAAAGCUCUGGAUGAUUCACUCAAACCUGCUUGUCUCUCAUGUUUUAUCAUGUGUCACUGUGAUCAUUGUUAUCAAAACACGGCUAAGACAGUUUGUAAAAAACAAUGUUAAUUCUGUAAGCAGACAUGUUUAUGUCAGGGUCCUGUUCUUCACAAGAGUGCUUACUAAUCCACGCCAGCAAUCAUCCGUCUUUAAACACUCAGAUUUGAUUCAUUAGUCUUUAUAUUCAGUGUGCUCUUAUUUUGAAAUAAAAGCAGCAUGAUCCAUGUACGUUGAUUCAUACAGUUAAAGGUUCCAUAGAGAGAUGGAAUUAAUGAUAAUAACAAUAUUGUUAUCGUUAUGGAGCUGGUAGUAAUAAUGUGACCAGUCAUUAUUCAGUAACAUGCAGUCCAUGUAUCUUUGACCUCAUGAUUAGGAAUAUUAUUUCCAUGCAUGAUGCUGCAUUACAUUUCAUAAAGUUUAGUGUUAAAAUUACAGUGUCAGACACAGACUAUAGUCCAAUUGAUACUAAUAUAGUGGUCUUUUUUAUAUAUAUAUGUAUAUAUAUGCAAUACUGGGCAGUAUGGUCAAAAGAUCUAUUUAUUAUGAUAUAUAUCAUUAGACAUAAUGAUAAAAUGUAUGAGAUUUAAAGACUGAGUUUUUUCUUUACCACAAAAAACAAUAAAUACAAACAUUUUGCAAAUGAGAUGAGCGAGAAAAAUAGAAGUAUUUGUGAAAACCAUAACUUAAUCUUCUCACCUAAAUCAUCUAUAAUCAUUUUAAGCUAAAUGAGUUCUCCACACAUGAAGAACAGAGCCUUGGUUUGCAUGUAAACAUGAUCUGAAAAGGAGACACGUGUCACUUGUAGGUGUGAAGAGUGUGUGUGUGUGUGUGUCAGAGAGAGUCCAGCACUGACUGCUGUCCGUUCUUC